AUGAAUAUAUUGCUCAGCAAGCGCAACAGCCCGGUCCAAGACAUCGCGGUCGGAUACGAGGAGAUGACCCCUCGUCCGGCUCGGAUGUACUCUACUACUCGUGUCAUUAGUGCUGGUUCGUCGAGGACCGAAUCCCACCGGCUGAAAUGCACUGUUACCCAGUUUAUGGAGGCUGUGCGGUAUCUGUCGCGGUUGAAGUGGGAGUCUCUGACCCUUUCUGCUGAUAUAUAG